AUGGCACAAGUCCCUACAAAUAAUGUAUUUUACGAGCAAGCUAAAUAUUCUGAGUAUGGAAACUGGACGCCUAAUCAUUCUGAAUUGCAUAGCCACAACAAUAAUAGUAAUAUGAAUCUCAUAAGUGGCAGUCGUCAUCAUUCGGCAUUACAGGAUCCUUCGAAGUUUCCAAUGAUCUCAUUUCUUCUGAAUCCAUCUCAUAUAAUUGCAAAAGUUGAUGUUAAGAAUGCGAUUUUGGAAUUGUCCGAUAUUGUUGGACAUUCCGUUCUCGACUUUUGCUGUCGAGAAGAUGUAAAUGUCUUAAAAAUUCUUUUGGAAUCAGUCACUCAGUGCCAUGCUGAAAUACAAUUACGGUUAGGAACGACUCUUCUUACAGCUUUGGUAUAUGCUUCAAAGACUGGCAUCGAAUCUGAGCCAAUAUUGCUUAGGUGCUUUAUAAAUAGGUGUAGACGGAAUUCCGGUUCGCAAUCGAUGAAAAUCCCUUCAAUUCCAUCGUUACCGUUAUCGUCGCCUUCACCAACCAACUGCCCUCCUAGAAAUAUUAGGCUGCCAAAUAUAUUAAAGCAUUCAACUCCACCACAUGGAACUUCAUCAAAUUAUUGCGAUCCUCCUUCAAACUGUUCCACUUCUAAUAAGUCUCCUUCUUUAAAUUCUCCUGUAUUGAGCUGUCCUACUACCUUCAGUUGUAUUCCAUCUAAUGGCAUUGGCACUAGUGAUUCUCCUUCUAAGUAGGGUCAUGCGGACGCAUUGUCACAAAUAUGUACGGGAAUUUUCUCUGAAGUUGAAUCACAGGCUCAAUCAUUUGCUACGCCUUCAGCGCCACCCACUGCUGGAUCUGUAAGUGGCGAUUUUACUACUCAUUCUGUUCAGCCAUCGACGCCAUAUAAUUACGGCCACACAAACGGAGUCGAAAUUUCAAAUCACAAUAUGAUUGAAGAUUUUAACUACGCCGCGUUGAAUCCAAGUGAACUUGAUACCAAACAAUAUACUAAAACUGGUCGAUUAAGAAAACCAAGAUCUCGUCAACCGAAACAAUCAGCAAUGAUAAAGAAGCGUGGUGGCUCACAAAUAUCACAAGGAGUUACUGCUGAAACGUCUCAUAUGCCUUCAAGCUCGCUGAGUAUCAAUUCUAACUCUGAACAAUAUACAACAUCCUACAACAAAGAUUCGAAGGAUUAUAUGUUAAAGUCACUUCUUCAACAGGCCCAAGUAACAGCUGAUUCGUCCCAGUACUAUUCAUCGUCUAUGAGUUCGGCAUGUCUUAACCGAUCUUCGGAUAUUUCGCCUCAUUAUGCAUUCAAUGAUCUUAGUUGGUCUAAUUCGUCAUUGCAGAAGUAA